AUGCCACCAAACCGGCGGCAAAAUCCAGACAAGGACAAAGACAUCCCUGCCAUCAACUACGAUGCUGACCUACGAUGGAGACAGAAGCCGCUCACGCCAGCACAGCUGCUGGUCAACGACGUGCGCAUGGACACGCUUCGGCCUGAUCGCGGCGCCAUGUUAGAGAUGUGUGAGAGGGUACCAUCGAGUAUCGUACCGGAGACAGCAGCAUACACACCGUCUGCGAGCUUGCUCCGGAUCGCCAAUGCCAACGCGAAUCCCAUCGAGAAACAGCGCCUCACGAAUCUGGAAGAAGAUUUUGGUUGGAUGAGGCACCUCAGGCUGGAAUCGCGCCAGCAUGGCUUACAGAGCUCAAGCGAGUCCGCAAAGUGUCGUUGGAUUCACUGCUCUUCCAAAUUCCCAGAAUACCUUCAAGGCUUCCUGUGGGCGUUGUCCGAUGAUCUGAACAACAUCACAGAAUCUAUGCGGUUGCUUGAUCUGGCGAUACAACGACAGACCCGGUUCUCCAAGCAUGGGAAAUAUUUUGCUCCGUUCUCUCAGACGCUGAGGCCACAGUCGAUGAACGACGCAGCGAACGAGGAUAGCGUCUACCCGAUGCUGAUAUCUGUGCCCUUUCUGGACUGGACGAUUAAUGGUAGUACACCUCCGUUGAGGUUUCAAGUCGACAGAAGAGAGCGCUUUCUCUCCGCGAGGUCUUCCGCUCAUGUCGUUCGCUCCAUUCUGCAAUACUUUUAUCGUCUAGAAGACACCACAGAUAGAGAAACCUCUCAAGUGUUUUCAAAACACAAGCCGUGGAGCACAAAUCGCGAGCUUGAUCUCAAGGUCCGACAGUGGUAUGGCCACUACCCGUCCGGCCUCAACGUUGACGAAGUCUGGAUAUUGGCUGUUGACCCAGAGCACAUUGUGACCUUCUCAAGCAAUCAAAGUUGGAAAUCUCGCUGGCCGCCUCUCCAACUCGCCUCCCGGAUCUCCGAUGUUGCAUUCCGUGGCAUCAGGAACAACUUCUUCAGGUCGAAUGAGGCUACUGAGUACACCGCCAUGACACAUGCAAUAGCCAGUCUUAGUGGUGCCGUGGGUAUGCUCCACCGCAACUUUUGGCCCGACAUGAUACUCUGCUUGUCCGACCGCUACAGCGGUCAUCUAGGUAAUCUCCAAUACCGUCUGCAUCGCGCGCCAAGCACGAAGUUGGUCAUGGACCUCAUAGCUUGUCAGGAGGAACUGAAUAUUGUCAUUCAAAUCACGGAACAGCAGAUUGACAUGAUCAGCGAAUUGCAAUCAAUACUGGGCGCCAUCAACCCGAAAGCAGAUUCAGAUUCAGCAUCAAUCACGAGUCGAACAGCGACAUCUGUGCGUUGGUCAACAUCCGUCUAG